AACAUGCCAAAUCAGCAAGAAGUAUUGGUUCUUUGUAAGGCCUUGUUGCGCAAGGCAUACAAGUUUGACAACUACAACUUCCGCGAGUACAGCAAACGUAAGGUCAUGGAUGAAUUCAGAGCUCACCGCAGCGUUUCCUCGCCUUCCGAAAUUACCAAAUUAUACAACGAAGGCAUCAACCAAUUAGCCAUGAUUACCCGGCAAACCCACAUUUCCCAAAUGUACACGUUCGAUAAAUUGGUGGUGGAGCCUUUGAAAAAGCAUCACUAGAGAAUGAUAAAAAAUAUUUUCCUACCGGGCCUGGUAUGGAUAAAUGCGCCCACCUCGUUAUUCACUGGUUGCUCCCCAAUGGUUCUGCGUCCAAGGUGACGGCGCAGACACGAAGAUCCUGAAACGGACAUGCUAUUUGUUGUAAAUAGUUCCCGUCAUGUACAUACCCGCCAAUAUACAAUAUGAUCCGGCACCGCUGGUUUCGGUAAUGUCAAAUACUGCUUCUGUAAUGCUAAACCCGCCGGGCGGGCUCAAGUGCCAGUCCGACCCUGGCUCCGGCUCGGCACAUGUAAUGGUUCAGUAGAUAAUAUCGACCAAUUUACUGGCUAGGCCUAAUUCCACAUUGUUCUCGCAC